CACACCUCUCGUGUUAAGUCGCCGGACGACGAAGACAGGAAAGACGGUGGCCGUCGCUGGGCCAGCAAUAAUGCCGCACGUGAGCAGCAGCGGCGGCGGCGACGAUCUCGGCAGCGAAGACGAGGUCAAGGUCUUCAAGGAUGAGGGCGAGGACGAGAAGAGGUCCUCCGAGAACCUCACCGAGGAGAAAAGUUCCCUCAUCGACCUCACGGAAUCAGAGGAAAAGGGCUCGCUCGCCGGUGGAAGUUACGCGACGACGGGCAAGACGUCUGCGAGAUCCGAUCUCAGCCCCGUUUUCGGUAAGGUGGAUCCGACGCCACAUACCUCGUCGUUCAACAUGGGCUACCUCGUCUCGCCGUACCCCUACCCCAAUGGCGCCGGAGGACCCAUUCCUGUGUCUAUGGCAAGCAAGAUGGGCCUGGCGGGGACUCACCCGAGCGGGUUGCCCUUCUUCUGCCCCAACGGAGACCACCUGACUCAACCACCGCCUGCUCAUAUGGGAAUACCACCGUACGGGACGCUGGAUGCGGGUAAAGCAGCCGCGGCGGCAGGUCUGACGAGAGCACCGAUGUAUCCCUUCUCCACGGGUCAAUAUCCGUACCCCAUGCUUAGCCCGGAAAUGACGCAAGUCGCCGCUUCCUGGUUGAAGCUUCCCUUUGACAAGCAACGGUUUCGUUUCAGGCACACACCGAGCAUGUACCCCAUUUCCCCGGCAAGCACUGGUUUCCGAAGUCCGUAUCCAACGAGUUUGCCCAUCACAAGUUCUAGUUUACCAAGUGAUCUCUACCGGUUUUCACCGACGGGUCUGAUGCCCCCGCACCCCGGACUGAGUCCGCACGCACACGCGUUGGCGUCCCACGCACUGGUCUCCUCGGCGCCGAAGACCGAUCAUUCCACCCUGGAUCACAAUCACAGGUCUACGGUAGAACAGAAGAAUUCCACGUCGUUACCGACGGACAACUCGAAGUCACAGGACACAGGGCAACAGAACAAUCAAGAUAAAAAGAAACCUCAUAUAAAAAAGCCUUUGAACGCGUUCAUGCUGUACAUGAAGGAGAUGAGGGCGAAGGUCGUCGCGGAGUGUACCUUAAAAGAGAGCGCCGCGAUCAACCAAAUAUUGGGAAGACGAUGGCACUCGCUAAGCCGGGAGGAGCAGGCGCGGUAUUAUGAGGCGGCCAGGCAGGAGCGCCAUCUCCAUCAGCAACGAUACCCCGGCUGGAGUGCCAGGGAUAAUUACGGAUACGGCAGCAAGAAGAAGAAGAGGAAGAAAGAACGGUCCGCAGAUCCCACCGGAGGUAACAACAUGAAGAAGUGUCGCGCCAGGUACGGAUUAGACCAGCAAAGCCAGUGGUGCAAGCCGUGCAGACGUAAGAAGAAAUGUAUCAGAUACAUGGGGGAGGGAGGAGACGGCGAUGGCGAAGCGGACGGCGAAGGCGAUGACGAUCACUCGGAGGAUAACUUGGGCAGCGUGGGGGAGGCAGGCACUCCCGAGGAAGACGAAUCCUUGAGCAGUCCUGGUGGAUUGUCCGCGUUGUCUAGUCUGGCUAGCCCGUCACUGGUGUUACCGUCGCCCUCGAGCCUGGCCAGCCCGUGUCCGUGCCCCCUGACGCCACCUGUGCCGCCUCCACCUUUAUCAAAUAAUCCUAACAGCCAGCAGCAACAGCAACAGCAUAACAAUCAACCAGUUCAACAACAACAACCACCACCACCUCAUCGUAACCCGGUCGGCACCAAUCCCCACGACAUCAACAAUCCCCUUAGCGUGAACCAACUGACCGGACAGUGUAUAAAGAGUGAAGUGGUGUCGGCCCCGUCGGGCACAUCAAACCCGGCGAUCAGUGUUACGUAGCCCCGGCCGGACCCACCUGACAAGACUGUCGCCGCAACGACGUCGCGCCUCGUCAACAGGGUCCGUGCGCGUGUUGA